CAGCCCGGGGCCGCCGCUGGCGCCCGGCGGCCCAGCGCUGGCGGUGCGCUGGGCGCACGACCGGAGGAAUCGGACCAGGAGCGCAUUGACCAGGAGCGGCGCAUCGCCGAGCUGAAGAGAAAGAAGGAAGAUUUCCAACGCCGGAAAGCCGAUCAAGAGAAGGAGGAGCUGCGGCUCGCCGAAGAGAGGAGGAAGAAUGCUGCUCAGGAGAAGCAGCAGCGCGAGGAGGACGAGAGACGGAAGGCUGCGGAAAGGGAGGAGCAGAAGAGGCGCCAGGAGGACGAGAGACGGAAGGCUGCAGAAAGGGAGGAGCAGGAGAGGCGCCAGGAGGACGGGAGCCAGGCAGACGCAGGGGGCGCCGGCGAGGAGGCGCAUUCGGGGCUCCCGGAGGACGAGGACGGCAGGGGCCUGCUGGAGAAGGCGCGGGCCGAGGCCGAGGCCGAGCGGCAGAGCCUCGAGCUGGCGAGGGGGCAGGCCGAGAGGGAGCGGCGGGAGCUCGAGGAGGAGCGGCGGGCGGUGCAGGCCGCGAGGGCCGCGGCCGAGAAGGAGAGAGAGGAGCUCGCGCGGUUGAGACAAGAGGCGAGCACGUCGUUUUCUCUUGACCUCGGGCAUGCGCAGUAAUGAGCAUCAGCAGGUCUGCCGACACUGUGUACAGCAGCAAGUCCAUCGCGACAGCGUACGAGCAGCACAUCGCGACAGCACACGAGCAGUACGACCAGACCGCUCCCCCUUCGUCGGAGUACGACCAGACCGCCGCUUCUUCGUCGGCCGCCGCCGAAGACGAGGGCCACUUCCGGCCGGCGAGAGCGACCGCCUGAGCGCCAUGGGGCCGCGGCCCGGCCCGCAGCGUGACGGUGGCCUGCCGCGCCGGCGAGCAGCGGGCCGUGCGGAGGAAGUGGCCGCCCCGGAGCAUCGCAGUCUUUCCCUGAGAUCCGGUCGUGGAGCCGUGUUUUCACCUGAAGAUCCUCGCG